GCCAUAUAAAGCCCGACGGCAUUCGGCGGAGGUGGUUUUUUCCUUAUUAGUCAUCUCCUUCACAGAAGAAGUUCAUAACAAAUUCGAUUGCAUAACUUGAACUGCAAGCGUUUUCAGUUUUUGAAUCCUCUUCGAUCCAGAUUGGGGAUUCUUCAUUUCCACAAUUUACCAGUAAAGAAAGCAUCAGGAGUGCUGCUCAUAUUAGAAUUAUGAGUCCCAGGAGUUCAUAUAGACUUACUACUGAAUGAUACAGCAUAUCUUGGACUAGACUCCAUCAAACCAAGUACUGGGUGGCCAUCCGCUUAUUUCUUAUUAUUAAUGCAAGCAUCUCAGAAUCGCCAGGCUUCAUCUGGCAUCCAUGAAAUGUAUCACCAGUCUGUGCAAGAGAUAGAUCCCUACUGUUUAUCGCAUUUUCACGUAUUGGAAAACAAUGUCUGUCCUGACACAGGCAGUCAGGGAAACAGUAUUAACUUUUCUUCCUGUAAGAAACAGUUCUUUACUCUGGAAUCAUUCCCGGCUACUGCUGAUCUUAGUGCCUGUAAUUCCCCUUCUGCUGUUAGUGUUCUGUCUUCCAGGAGCCCCUUCUCACCUCAAGUUUCUCAAUCGUGCUCUUCGGAUCAACAUAAUUCCUUCGACAACACAUGCGGAUCACCACAAAGUGGAUGCUCUGUAACUGAUGAUGACAAUGAAUUAAAGCACAGGCUGAAGGAAUUAGAGAUUUCUCUACUGGGUCCUGAAUCUGAUAUUGAGGAUAGCUGCUACUGUUCUUUCAGGGGCGGCGCGCAUCGAGAUGCAUCAGUGGCAAGGUGGAACUGGAAUAAAAUGGUCGAGAUGAUUCCAAGACUGAAUCUUCAGGACACACUUAUCACUUGUGCCCAAGCAAUUCAUGAGGCUGAUAUAAAUGUGGCAACAUUGUUUAUGGAUGUUUUAGGGCAGAUGGUUUCGGUCUCCGGUGAUCCAGCCCAGAGGUUGGGAGCUUACUUGUUGGAAGGGCUUAGAGCAAGGUUGGAACGAUCUGGGAGUGCAAUAUACAAGGCCCUUAAGUGCGAUGAGCCAACAAGCUCUGAACUCAUGUCCUAUAUGUCUAUUUUAUUCCAGAUCUGCCCAUACUUCAAAUUUGCAUACACUUCUGCAAAUGUUGUCAUUUGGGAGGCCAUGGCGAAUGAACCCAUAAUCCACAUUAUUGAUUUCCAAAUUGCACAAGGUAGUCAGUGGAUACCUUUCAUCCAGGAUCUUUCCAAUCGGCCUGGCGGACCACCAGUUCUUCUUCGAAUUACAGGCGUGGAUGAUUCCCAAUCAGCACAUGCUCGGGGAGGGGGGCUUCAAAUUGUAGGACGGAGGCUAUCACAGCUGGCCGAGUCGAAUGGAAUUUGCUUUGAAUUUCAUGCUGCUGCAAUGUCUGGUUGCGAGGUCGAACGCAGUAAUCUUAGAAUACGACCUGGAGAAGCGUUGGCAGUAAAUUUUCCAUACGCCUUGCACCACAUGCCAGAUGAGAGCGUGAGCACACAGAAUCAUCGAGACCGGCUUCUUAGGUUGGUUAAAAGUCUAUCACCGAAAGUAGUAACCAUUGUUGAGCAGGAAUCCAACACCAACACAUCCCCAUUCCUUUCACGUUUUAUAGAGACACUAGAUUAUUACACCGCUAUGUUCGAAUCAAUAGAUGCAGCUCGUCCGAGGGACGACAAGCAACGAAUCAGGGCGGAGCAGCACUGCGUGGCCCGAGACAUAGUGAACAUGGUAGCCUGUGAGGGGUUCGAAAGGGUAGAACGUCACGAACUCCUUGGGAAGUGGAGGAUGAGAUUGAGGAUGGCUGGAUUUAGUCCAUAUCCAAUGAGUUCCUCUGUAACCAGAUCCGUCCAGAAUCUGUUGAGGGAGUUCAACGAGAACUACAAAGUUCAAGAAGCCGAUGGGGCCCUCUACCUUGGAUGGAAAAACAGAGCAAUGGCAACCUCUUCUGCGUGGAGAUGAAGACCUGAAUUGUAAAAUUUCGCUCUCGAUCUUCUCUUUAUGACAUUUUAGAGCAUUGAACAGCAAUCACACAUAUAGAUUUAUAGAAUUGUGAGGUUAGCCCUCUUACUGUUUGUAGGACAGACACAGACAGGAACCUAAAUCUUCAAACUUUAUGUAAAUUUCUAACUUUGAUGGGAAGAAUUUUGUCCUCUGAGUACUAUAUAUAUAUAUAGUUUUAUCAUUUUCUUGAUGUUAAACUUCAGAGUCACAGAACUAACUCGAAAAUUUCCAAUCAAACUCAAAAAAAAAGGGGGGUUAUCAAAACGCGAUGAUUCAAUGCGUUUCGUUGGGAUGUCCUAAGAGACAUCAAAAAAGCAACUGUUGUUUAGGUGUCGAAAGUUGAUUCGGCAAAUAUUUUCCGUAAAUUUUGUGUGACAGCUCUAUCCUUUUCGAUUCUGUCAUAAGAAAACCUUGGUGUUCGUCUCUGUCUAUAUCCAAUAUCCCUAAAUUCUGAGCAGAAUUAUUUUAAAUGUUGUGUGUUUAUUGGUCGGUCAAAUUCAAUGUUCCUGGUGGAGAUGAUGCCUCAGCCGUGUUGGAUUAUUUAACCUUGUGAUGCUUGAUUGUUCUUCGUCUUCCUAACGAUCCUGUUUAGAGAGAAACAGAAACUCCAUCAUCGGUUGUGAAGAUGGAAGAAUUAGGGGAAGGGCCGGAGUUGAGCAGAACGCAGAGGGAAAGAGAACGACGCCGUGUAAGGGACAGGGAGAGAAGAUCGUCGAUGAGCAUGGAACAGAGAGAGAGGCACCUCGCAAGACGCCGACGAAACUAUCAACUACGAAGACUCAGAUCUCGAAGCCUGAGAACAAAGAUCCCCCGUUCGAAAUGGCGGAAACCAAUUCGCAUCAGGCUCAUACUUCCAUCGCAGAGCUUGAUCAGCAACGAAAUGGCCUUACGCUCAUCGGCUUCAACCACCAACAAGACGCCAUUGUUCCAUCUUCAGGUUCUGAAGCUCUGGACUCAAAAGCUGCAGAUCUCCAUGGAAGGGUGCGAUUGAAUCACAUCGUGGCUCGAUCAAUUAUCCACACAAGUAGUGAGCCAAUUGGAAUUCACCAAAUUUUAGCGCAGGUGGGCUCGGUGGAAGAUUCAAAUUGCAAUUGUAAGCCUGAGAAUCAUAGCUGCAACCUUUCAGAUAUGCAAAUUGGGGAAAAUGAUUCAAGUAGAUCACCCAAAGUGUUGCGGCUAAAUCGCGUCAAACAUCUCGUGAGGAUGAUGAAUUCUUCUGUAAACCCAUCUCCCGAUCCACAGCAUCAAACUAGUAUUGCAGGGUAAAAAUUAGUCCAGUUCCAAUGGCGGAAAUGGACAAUUGUUCUGGUCGGCAACAUAUGGUGGAGGAUGUGUUUAUAAGCAUCAUCGGCCCUGAAUUUGAUUGAUGAAAUUAAAUAUGCAUGGAUUAUCGUUGUAUUUAAAAAGUGGGAUUAUCUUAUGUGCAGCACGUCCAAAUGGCACAACUAAGAAACUGGAGUCGAUUCAAGCAUAGUUCAUCGGAUUACACAUUUAUUUACAUAACAUUGCUAAAGGUUUGACCUUAUAGAAAAAACGACACUUUCAGCGAAGGAGAGAAAAGAAGAUGUUGUAUGAUCAUGUGUUUGUUUACGGUUAUUUUUUAUUUUUCAAAAUUGUAAUAUCUUUUUAGUAGAGGGAUUAGGAAUAGGUACUAGAGGAUUUUAUUUUCACAUUUGGUAUAGUUUUGUGAGGGGAAUAAUCUAGAGAAUUGAAGCCCUUUUAUGAUUGGAAAUUUUAA